AUGCCUUCUGGAUACCAUGAGGUCUCUCCGGGCAUCAAGCUCAACUAUACAAUCCACGAACCGACGACUCCCAAACCAAACCCCAAACCGUGGAUCGUCCUGAUCAGCGGCCUGGGCGACACGCAAGCCACUUGGUUCAACCAAGUCCCCGCGUUCACAGACGCCGGGUACACGGUGCUGACGUUCGACAACCGUGGGGUGGGCUUGUCGUCGCGGGCACAGACGCCGGGCGAGGAUUGGACGAUAGCGACGCUGGCCGGGGAUCUACGGAGUCUGGUGAAGGCGGUCCCCGUCCCCGCGCCGUACCACGUCAUGGGUGUGAGCAUGGGCGGGAUGAUCACGCAGCGGUACGCGCUGGACGUGGUAGCCGAGGGCAACGAAGCCGAGUUGGCCAGCAUUAUACCCGCGUGCACUUUCGCGGCUCCUGGGCUGUACGGUUCCCGCUUGCUCGCCGUUGUAGGCCGCAUCGCGUGUUCUAUGUCGGUCGCCGAGGCUAACCGUGCCGUCACCUUGUGGUGCUGGACGCCCGAGUUCCUCAUGAAGCCCGAGAACCAAGUUAUACUGGACGAAAUGGAUCGCGACCUGGAUAAGAUGGAUGACGACGUUGAGGGGAUGGGUCUGUCGAGUUUCCUGGCCCAGAUGAACGCGGUCAUGACCUUCGACACCAGAGAAGAACUGUUGCGUUCGCAGCUGGGUUCCAAGACAAAAGUUAUUGUCAUCGCCGGCGAGCAGGAUAUUUUGGUCCCGAUCUCGCUCUCGCAUAACCUCCACAACAUCAUUAAGGGGAGUCGGUGGCGACCCGUCAAGGGCGGCCACGUCUGUAAAUUGGAAUUUCCCAACGAGUUCAAUAACGUCUGUUUGGAUGCGUGGAAGGAGGUCGAAGAAGAAAGUUUGAAUCAAUAA